UGGGAUGGUAAAAACCAGAAGGAAAGUGAAUGAAUGUGAGGAAGGAGAGCGCUUUGGUUUGUUUUGUUGUGUUUGGGUUGUUUGUUUUAUGGAGUAGUAGGGCAUAGUACAAAGAACAGCAGAAAACGCAGCGAUGAGAUCACAGGUACUUUAAUCUCUUUUCUGACCAAACACUGCCACACUUACCACUUUCAUCAUCAACCCAGCUCCUUCUUAUAGCCUAGAACCACCAAUUCUCUUCCCUCUUCCCUCUCCCCUCUCUACUCUACCUGUCUAUCUAAGUACUCUUCUUUAUUCCACCUUCAUCCUCUACAAUUUAGCGUUUUCAUUCAAAUUAAUGAUGCAAAUCUUGUAGGAAAUUUCCCAAGAGGACCAUUAGGGUGAGCCUUGGUUUGUGUUGGCGAAGUGGGUUUGUUGGUGUUUAGCCAAUAUCAUUGCACCAGUUGAUUUGGUUUGGUUUGGGUUGUUUAAGAGGACUCAAUUACCAAAAGCUGAUAGCAGAGAGAAGGAGAGAGAUGGGUUAGGGCAGUUGGGUUUGCUUGGGGUUGUGGGUAGGUUUAUUUUCAGUUUUUUCUAGGGUGACUUUCUAUGUGUAGAUGGUUUGUGUUGGGGUGAUGGAAGGGGAAAUAUUGAAUGGCAGGGCCUUUUGGGAGAGGCAACGGCAACAACAAGAACAGCAGGAACAGAAGUAUCAGGUUUCAGUGUGGUGGCAGUUGCACAAGCAACAAGGGCAAAACCAAAACAAGUGUUGUAAUACUAUUAAAGAAGCAUCAACAACCACCACCCAUUAAGCUUAAGUUUACUUUUCCAUUAAAAACUGGAACAGGAAAAUCACCACAUCCUGACUCUGGAUCCUCAAAGGAAUCAUCAUCAUCAUCAACAUCAUCUUCAUCUUCAUCAGCAGCAGCAGCAGCAACCUCCUCCUUCUCACCAUCCAUAUCAGCAACUUUUCAAUUCAACCUAUGUAGACCAACAAGAAGAAGAAGCAGAUGAAGAAGAAACUGAACCAGAACACCAGAGCCAACACCCCCAACAAAACCAACAUUUCAUUCCAAGAUUAGGCUUAGAUUCACAGCUCCAACAACAACAGCAACAACAACCCCAGAAAAAGCGCUCUUAUUUCCCAUCUUCUUCUGAAAUCCAAUAUGCAAGAAAAAUGGCAGAGAGUCAGAAUCAAGCAACGGCAACAACGUCAAGAUUGGGGAUAAGAAACAAUAGUGGAGGCGAGAUCGUUGAGGUCCAAGGAGGUCACAUUGUUCGCUCAACAGGAAGAAAAGACCGUCACAGUAAAGUUUGUACUGCAAAAGGUCCUAGAGACCGCCGUGUUCGGCUCUCUGCGCACACAGCCAUUCAGUUCUACGAUGUUCAAGACCGCCUUGGUUACGACCGCCCCAGCAAAGCCGUAGAUUGGCUUAUAAAGAAAGCAAAAUCUGCCAUUGAUGAACUUGAUGAAUUACCUCCAUGGAAUCCAGAAACUGUAACUACUACUGCUACUACUAAAACAAGAAACUCUCAACAAAAUGAAACAACAAAUCAAGAUAGAGACUUUCAGCUUCCCCGGAGUUCUGGAGCUGUAAUGGGUGGUGGUAGUGGCAAUUCUGAUGUUCAAAAUCUUCAUAUGGUUGAAAAUCCAAACGAAAGUUCGAGUUUUUUACCUCCAUCCUUGGACUCAGAUUCAAUUGCUGAUACAAUCAAGUCCUUCUUUCCAAUGGGUGCUUCAACUGACACACCUUCUUCAUCUAUUCAGUUUCAGACUUACCCACCAGAUUUGCUUUCGAGGACUACAAGUCAUAGCCAAGAUCUAAGGCUUUCGCUCCAGUCAUUUCAGGAGCCAAAUAGUAUUCUUUUACAGCAUCAACCACAUCAUCAAGCUCAUUCUCGACAGCAGCAUCCGAAUGAGCAUGUACAGGUUUUGUUCUCCGGAACAACCCCACUGGGCUUUGAUACUUCUUCUGCUGGGUGGUCUGAAACUGAGCAGCAGCAUCACCAUCACCACUCAGCUGAAAUGUCCAGGUUCCAGAGAAUGGUUGCUUGGAAUAACAGUGGUGGUGCUGUUACUGGUGCCAGUGGAAGUGCUGGUCGUGGUGGUGGAGGAGGCUUUAUGUUUAAUUCACUACCAACACAGCCACCACUGCAGCCGUUAUUCGGCCAAAACCAGUUGUUUUCAUCUCAGAGGGGACCCCUUCAGUCCAGCAACACGCCUCAAGUUCGUGCUUGGAUAGACCAUCCAAUUACUCUUACCAAUGAGCACCAACAUCGACAUCAAAUUCCUUACCAAACGAUCCACCCAUAUGCGAUAUCCAACACUGGAUUUGCCUCUUCUGUUGGCGAAUUCUCUGGAUUUUGCAUUCCAGCACGAAUUCAAGGCGAAGAUGAGGAACAUGAUGGCAUUCACAACAGACCAUCCUCUGCUUCCUCUGAUUCUCGCCAUUGAUUGACCUUAAUACCAUAAUCCUUUCCCUCUUACAGGUCUUCUUGAAUCUUUACAGAGAGAUUGAUAUGGGAGCCGAUGCAAUGGAUUGCAGACCAGUUAAGAGGGGAGAUUUGGGAUCAAGUUUAGUUCAAUGGCCUUAACUGUGGAAGAAGAGAUCUGGAUGGAUUUCAGGUUUUUUGUUCCUCGGUUCUUUAGCUUCUAUAAUUUAGUUGAUUAUGUUUGUAUCCUGCUUUUGAGUGAGCUCUUAGAGUUCAACCAUGUUUGUUCUCUGUUGGUUUUCUAUGUGUUCAUGAUGCCGGACUUUUAUGUGUUUUUGUGUUUUCUUUUUAUUUGCUAGUUUGCUAUUAAGAAACAUAUUUGGUUUGUUAUAGUGUUGAUUGUAAUUUUGCCCAAUUGGAACAAACGCAAUCCGCAUAA